ACAGACCCGGCGGGGGCGGGAGGGGCCGCUCCGCCCGCGGCAGCGCCGCCCGGGCCGGCGGGAGGGAGGGAUAGAGCGGCGGGAAUGCAGCGGGGCCGGCAGGAGGAGGAGGAGGAGGAGGAGGAGGAGCUGGACGAGGAGGAGGAGGAUGGGGAUGGCGGCCCGGAGAGCGCCCUGGAGAAGAGCCCGUUCGAGCUGACGGCCGCCGAUGUGUACGACAUCUCGGCCGUGGUGGGCCGGGACCUGCUGCAGCUCCGCGCCGGGCCCGAGCUCCCCGCCGCCCGCGCGCGGCUGCAGUUCAGGAUCGUGCGGGUGCUGGAGAUGCUGGAGGCGCUGGUGAGCGAGAGCAGCGUGGCCGAGGAGCAGCUGCGGCGGGAGCGGGACAGUCUGCGGCGGGAGCUGGAGCAGCUGCGGGCGGCGGCGGCCCCGGGCAGCGCCCCGCAGGUCAGCCUUGGACCAGAUAAAAUGGUGAUCGACCUCACAGAUCCCAACCGGCCUCGAUUCACGCUGCAGGAGCUCAGAGAUGUGUUGCAAGAGAGAAACCAGCUGAAAGCUCAGCUUCUGGUGGUGCAAGAGGAGCUACAGUGCUAUAAGAGUGGGAUCAUCUCCCAGAGAAAGGACCAAACUGAAGAACUGGAAAAAGAAAGCGGUGGCAGCAGCGCCGGCACCAGCAAGGACAGGGAGGAGAGGACAAUCAUCAAACGGCUGUUUUCUUUUAAACAUGGAAAAUGAGCAUCCUCAAGGACUCCCGCUGAGCACGGCCCUGAUGAGGGAGGAGACAAGGGCUGGGAGCAGCAGCACCACUCCCACUGCAGCGAAGGAGCAAUCUCAUCAAAACUGUGUUGUAUAAUAAUCCUUCAGGAUAGUUUCUACUCUGUUUUCUCAGAAACUGUUUAAAACAGACACUUUUUGUAUUUCUUAGAUUCCUGUCAGACAUUCCCCACACGUAGAAAAUAAAUCUUUAUACACAGGUGGGGUUUAUUCUUAUUAAAAGAGCCUGUGGUGAUCGGUACAAUAACACAUUUCCCCUGUCCAGCUAUCCAAGCACUCAGCCCAAGGGAUUCUGCAAGAUGAAGAUGAUAUUUAAGAGACACGUGGCAUUCCCAAGGGGCUGGUUGGGGUUGAGAUGAAGGAGAGUGGAGAGGAGAGCCCAGCAAGGGAAGGAAAGCUGCUCUGCCCACAGGAAGGAUGGAGGAGGUGCAGGAAUGCUCAGGCUGGAACAGAUGCAGCAAACCCCUCAUUCCUGACAGCUGAAGGGCUCCUGGGGAAGGCAGAUGGGUUUUACACGAGCUCUUUUCUUCCCAUCAGCUGCCACAAGCUGGGUGUUGGCCCCAGGAAUGAGACUGAGCACCAGUGGAAGGAUUUAGGGCAAAGGAGUGGGAAAGCUUGAAAGACUCCAAUUAGAUUCCCCAUUUAGAAAGGGAGAAUACCCAGAGCAGAAAAGCCUGAGCAGACAUAAAAGGAGCAGUGACAGGGAUCAAACUCUGAUCUCACUCUCUUCAGAAGUCUCUGAAGUCUUUUGAUUGCCUCUCACACACUGGCAGCAUGAGCAAUAUAGGCCAUUUCCCACAGCUGCAGUGUGAGGGUGGCUGAGCAGAAGGCAGAGCUGCAGCCUCCCCUCAAAGUCCCUGGGCAUGAGGAGGCACCAGCACAUUGCUCUGACCUCAGCCAGCUGGGUCAGGCAGGGCAUCAACUGCUCAAGUCAUUUUGCCAUCUUCAAAAUCCCAAUCUCAGCCAUGCCCUCAGGAUGUAUUUGGUGAAGCAGGGAAGGAAUCACUGCAUUGCCUGAGCACAAGCUUUGUGCUUGAAAUUAAGAAAGAAUCACAAAUUAACAGCAGCCAGGAUACACCUCUAGGGUGAAAAGAGAUGUGCUCUGAACUCCAUCCUCCUGGGGUUUAUCCAGGAAUGUACUUUCCAGUCUCCUUUACAAAGGGCAGUUUAGCUCCCAACCCAAGGGCACCUUUCCCUGGGAAGUGCUUUACUUAUAUUAGAAGAUGAAACCUUCCUAACAGGGACAGAGAUAAACAUGCAAGUGGCAGUUUCUGUGAGAAAUCCAUUGAUACCUCAGCUCCUAGGAAAGUCAAGGAUACACAUGCAGUGCAACAUCAGCUUUAUUUCCAUCUGACCCAGUGCUACUCCAUGACCAGUUAAGCCUUUCAGAGAAGACAACUUUGUUUUUACGUAAAACAGGGAGAUCUUUCCCCUUUUUGUUUACACAAGUGAUGCUGAAGAACAGAGGUUUUAAGCUAUUCCACCUGAUAAAGGACAAGUAAAUAUUUAAAUAAAAUAA